AAGAAAUUCUCACUUUGACCGAUCAGCAAUCAAAUUGAUCGUAUUAUAACAGAAUUUGGGUUUUGAAUUGAGAAAAAGAUGCACCAGAGGCCAAACGGAGAUCACGCAUGUGCAUCAUGCAAGCAUCAAAGGAAGAAGUGCAAAGAAGAUUGCCUGAUGGCCCCCUUUUUUCCGGUGAACCUGAGUUCGGAAUUCCGGUCGGUGCACAAGACGUUUGGGGUCAGCAAUGUGGCGAAGCAACUCAAGAAACUGGAGAACGAAGAAGACAGGAAGUCGUGUACGGAAUCGAUGAUUUGGGUGGCCAAUUGCUUCGAAACCGACCCGGUUCAGGGCCCUUUUGGAGAAUACCAAAGGGUGGUUGCAGAAUACAAUCGGGUUCGUGAGGAACUCAAUUAUCUCAAAUCCCAAGACCACCAAUACUACAACAGGUUGACCACGGCGGCGGCGACCACUAGGCUUCCCCCCUCCGCCGCAGGUCCGACGAAUUUGUUCGGGUACGGCAAUCACCCACCCUCCGCCGGGCCAGUGGCGGUGGUGAUGCCAAACGGCCAGUUAGCAAACAAUGGGUGGAACAACAACGGUUGUAGAGCCAUCGUGGCCGGAACUACCUAUCAUAAUCAUAAUAACAAUAUCAACGGUGGUGGGCUUCUUGGUUCAGUUGCCGGUUAUCAUGAUAACGGGAGUUUGAGGAUUGAUAAUCAUCAUCAUGGUGGCCCAAUUAACGUCCAAUUUCCUUAUACUAUUGAUCAUAAUAACAACAAUGGUAAUGGGGUGGUUCAGGAUUCGGAUGAAGUGCAAAAUCAUUCUUCUGGGCCGCAGGUUAUUAACAUACCCCGGCGUCAGCAGCAACCGCCGCCGCCGCCGCCGCCGCCGCUAAUUGGUCAAAACAGUCAAAACAUGGGGAAUAAUGAAUUUCAAGAUCAAAAGGUUCGCCCCAAUGGUACUCUUAGUCUUCGUCAACACCAUCAUCAACAGCAGAGUUAUCCCAUGUCUAGUUUCAGUCAGCAAUCCUUCAACGGCGCAGGGCAAUAUCAUCCAACAAGUUCUGAUGCAAAUCCGGCAAAGAGUACAACUACUUCUACUUCUGCAGGGGAUAUGGAUAAUGGUUCAAGGUGGACAGCAAACUCAUGAUGAGUUUAUGAUUCUGCUUUGGAUUUUGAUGCUGAUAAAUACCCUAGCUAUUUGCCCCUAAUCAUUUGUCAUUUUUUUGGGGUUCAUUUGCUGUCUUUAUAUUCAAUGGUUACUUUGUUUGAGGGGUAAUUGAAAAAAAUGUAUAGAUUCUCUCAUUUAGAAUCUUUGAAUUGUUCAGACAAAAGGGGAUUUAUAAGGUAGUAGUGCAUUUAACACUAUGAAUCAUAGGGUAUGUAGAAACUAGGCAUUUUGGUACGUAUGUGAAAGGGAUUUGAAUGCUAAUCGCAUAUAUAUAUUAUCCCUUAUUGGAUUAUAUCAUGUUUUUAUUGAAAUCGAA